AUGUUGGAUCUCAAUCUCAACGCUGAUUCUGCAUCCCUCAACAACAUUCUUCCUCUCUCCGGCAGCCAAAUGGAAAGCUCCGGCAGCUUCAACUCCUCCGUUGUCAAUGCCGCCGACACCGAAGAUUCUUGCUCUUUCGGCGAUGCCUUUGCUUACAACUUCGCCAUACUCAACAAUAACGCCGUCGAUGACGCCGCCACCUCCAAACAGCUUCAGCUUCCCGGAGUUGGAAUCGGAGACGCUUGUGUUCGGACCAUCCAGCUUUUUCCGGCCGCCGAGUUGGGAAUCUCGUCGUCUGGAAGUAAGGGAUGGUUGGAUUUGCCGUCGAAGGAGGUGGAUCAUCACGGUGGUGUGCCGGAGCAGAGGAUUGUUCCGCUGCAGCAACCGCAGGUGAAGAAGAGCCGUCGUGGACCGAGGUCGCGGAGCUCGCAGUAUCGCGGAGUUACUUUCUAUCGGAGAACGGGAAGAUGGGAAUCGCAUAUUUGGGAUUGUGGGAAACAAGUGUACUUGGGUGGAUUUGACACAGCGCAUGCUGCAGCUAGGGCAUAUGAUCGAGCUGCAAUCAAGUUCCGUGGCGUUGAUGCUGAUAUCAAUUUCAACGUCAGCGAUUAUGAUGAAGAUAUGAAGCAGAUGAGUAACUUCACAAAGGAAGAGUUUGUUCAUAUUCUGCGUCGACAGAGCACUGGUUUUUCAAGGGGAAGCUCCAAAUACAGGGGAGUUACUCUUCAUAAAUGUGGGCGAUGGGAAGCUCGUAUGGGGCAGUUUCUCGGGAAAAAAUAUAUAUAUCUUGGGCUAUUCGAUAGCGAACUAGAGGCUGCGAGAGCGUAUGAUAAGGCUGCUAUAAAAUGCAAUGGAAGGGAAGCUGUUACAAACUUUGAGGCCAGCUUAUAUGAAGGGGAGUUAAUUUCUCAGUCUGAUAAUGAAGAUAACAAGCAAAGUCUCGAUCUGAGCUUGGGCAUAGCUCCCCCUUCUUACUCUGAUGGUCAAAUCAAGAACAUACACGACAAUGGGAGUGGUUUACAAGUUCAGCGUAGCUGGGAUGAUAUUCCUGUCGAUACGAGAGUUAUGUUUGAGCACUCUGGGACAAGAUCACUGAAGGUUCGGUCAUCCGAUGGCUUCUCCAUAGCAUCUGAGUAUCCUUCAGGCUGGAAUGAUGCCAAUUUCUUUCCCAUCUGUAAGGAAAGAGCAAUAGAGAAGAGGAUGGAAGUUGCUCCCUUGCCAAAUUGGGCAUGGCAAGUUCAAGGUCCUUAUGGCGGGGCAACUCUGACUCCACCGUUCUCUGCUGCAGCAUCAUCAGGAUUCCCUUCAUCAAUAAUACCAUCAGCUGCGGAUAGUCAAAUUCAUUUUCCAAACGUGACGUUCCUCCCCCCUCAUUUUCCUCCAUCAAUCACUAACCCCAGCACCGUACCCCAUUUCUACUGCAGGAGCUGA